AUGUCGUCCUUUUUCACCGUCCCCGGCGCCCAGAAGAAGCGCAAGCGACCUGCGGCCCCAGAACCUCCAAAGAAAAGACUUGCUGCCUCAAAAUCCGCCGCCAAAGGCUCUUCGAAGGCGGCCGGCCCCACUAAGAAGCGAGUCGAGCGAGACGAGUCCAUCUCCGGCAGCGACUCAGAGGAUGACGGGAGCCACGAUGACGCCUCGAUCGCGGAGGAGGUGGUGAACGAGGAUGAGUCUGAAGAGGAGGAAGAGACUGCCGCGGAGCGAAGAUUGCGCCUCGCCGAGCGCUAUCUCGAAAACAUCAAGGAGCACGUGGACGAAGCUGGAUUCGAUGCGGCCGACGUUGACCGAGAUUUGAUCGCCGAGCGACUAAUUGAAGACGUUGCCGAGACCAAGGGACGAGUAUAUCGCCAAUUGGCCUCCGAAUUGGCCUUUGACAAAGCCUCUCGCACCUUUUUCCGAAGCAACACCAACGCCGUCACCUCCAUCGCCACCUGCGCGCCCUUCAUCUACACCACAACCAAAGAUCUCAUUGUACAAAAGUGGAGGACACAAGAACUGCCUCAACACCAAUACCCCCAGACCACGAAGCGAAAACCCAAGAAGCCCCCGGCCCCCCCGAGAAAACAGCCUGAAUUGGAGACGUGGCUGAAAGGAAACACCAGCAAGUCCCAAGACAAGGACUACCAGAGACACACCGAUCACAUCUUGGCUGUGGCCGCCUCACCGGACGGCAAGUAUGUUGCCACUGGCGGCGCAGACCGCAAGCUCAUCAUCUACGACGCCGAAACCCUUAAGCCUAUCAAAAUCUUCACCCACCACAGAGACGCCGUCACAGGCCUGGUGUUUCGGAGAGGAACUAACCAGCUGUACUCAUGCUCUAAAGACCGAACGGUCAAGGUGUGGAGUCUGGAUGAGAUGGCAUACGUUGAGACCCUCUUCGGUCACCAGGAUGAGGUAGUUGCCGUCGACGCCCUGGCGCAGGAGCGCUGCAUCAGUGUCGGCGCUCGCGAUCGUACCGCCCGUCUUUGGAAGGUUGCGGAGGAGACGCAGCUCGUGUUUCGUGGUGGUGCUGUGGACAAGAAGGCUCGGCCAGGCAUUAAGCCGCGAUCUCUCUUGCACGAGGGAAGCAUGGACCGUGUCGCCAUGAUCGACGACGACCUCUUCGUCACUGGCAGCGACAACGGCGCCAUCGCCCUCUGGAGCGUCCAGAAGAAGAAACCCGUCUAUAUUGAAUCUGCCGCCCACGGACUCGACCCAGCCCUCGACCCCCACGAGGCCUCUGCUGAGCAAAACCCAGACUCCAAGGUCGUCCCACCCCCGACCCCUCGCUGGAUCACCGCCCUCAAGACCAUCCCUUACUCCGACGUUAUCCUCAGCGGUAGCUGGGAUGGCCACAUCCGCGUAUGGCGGCUCAGUGAGGAUAGGAGAAAAAUCGAACCAGUCGGCGUCCUCGCCACCCCAGGCGAGGCACCGCAGCAGUCCACGGACGACGGCUCGCGGGGCCCCAUUAAGGGCAUCAUCAACGACAUCUCAGUGUUUGAGCGAGGCGACCGUGGCAAGGACGGGCUGUGUGUUGUCGCAGCCGUGGGACUACAGCACCGGCUGGGUAGGUGGCAGCCGCGAGUGAAGGGCGGACGAAAUGGCGGUUUGGUGUUUGAGAUUCCGAGGAUAUCGCAGCCGACGGCGAAUGGCGCGCAAGAGAGCUCGGAAAAUGAGGAUGAAGAAUGA